UGAGCGUUAUAUAAAAUAUAUUUUCUUUGCUGCGCGUUUAGAUAAAAUCAUAUCUAAACUGUGUGUUCAAGCUUUCACUCGUAUCGUACCAUGGAAACCUGAUUUAUCGAUUUAAUACAACAUGGAGAUGCAUUACUCCAUUCUCGUUAAAUAACGCAGUAAUAUUUUUUAGAUAAAGCCAUACUCUCCUUCUGUCAAAGCAAAUCAAUUAUUUUUAAUAAGCAUAAUACGUGAUCAACUUCACGACAUUUAUGUGUCCUAUUAAAUUGCGAUAUUUAAAAUAUUACAUUUCGUUAUUUCGUACUUGUAAAAUCGGAUUAUUAUCUAUUUAUAUUUUACAUUGUGCAUUAUAAAAAAUUGAUUCUGAAAAUAUCGAGUAAAAAGACUGAGAAGAAAUAAAAUAUUCAUGAUUACGUAUACAAUAAAAUAUCUAUAAAAAAUAAUCUUGUUCAUGAUAUGUUUGUGCAUAAACACCCUAUGCACGAAAAUAUUGAUGAGUCGAUGUUGUUUUAUCAAAGUCGGGGCAUGCGCGGAGUCGCAAAGAUUUCUCUUUACCAAUAUAGAGAUUGCCGGGUUACCACAUCGUUGCUUGAUAAAUUUAAAGUUUCCUAAAAGAUAAAUCCGAAUGUGUAAUUGAACUUGAAAGAGUGCAUCGUAAAACCCAGAAGAUACAGCAAUUUCCUCUAAUCAGCAGAUGUAAUGAGAAAUUAAACAAGUAAUUUGAUAACAACCAAUAUAUUUGAAGACCAAUGCACAAUGUAUCCAAGAUAGAUCCACUAGUUCUACAUUCUAUAUACGCAGAAAUUGGACACACUGAUAUCUCUGCGUAGAAAUAGUGGACUCGUUGUUUUCAGCAAAUUGGCAAAUACGAUUUAAUCAUCAUGAUAAGAGAAAUAUCAUUUUGCCGGGAUUUUACAGGCUGUGCAUGAAGAAUUGUAAAAUAAGAAAGAAGCUCUUGCACUUUUGGAAUUCGAGUAUAUUGCAUGGUCGUGGCUACAAGGAAGACGUAUAAAUAGAACAUUAUAAGAUCAAACUAAAAGGAAUAAUCUUUCAAGUGACGAGGCAAAUAAUCAAUGACUCUGAAAACUGUGCGAACACGAGCAUUUAUUCGCUGACUGUUGCCGAGUAUAGACCGUUGCGGAUAAGAUGGCGAAACAAGUACAAAUUAAAUACACUCAACUGUUUAUCGACAAUGAAUUUGUCGAUGCUGUGAGCGGCCGCAAAUUUCCAACACUGAAUCCCACAAGUGGUAAAGUUAUCGCUGAAAUUUCCGAAGGAGACAAGGCUGAUGUUGAUAAAGCAGUAAACGCUGCCAAACGGGCGUUCGAUAGAAAUUCAGAAUGGCGUAAAAUGCAUCCCUACACGCGUGGGCAGCUGAUGAACAAGUUCGCAGAUCUUGUCACGCGCGAUUUAGAUUAUAUCGCCACUCUCGAAACACUUGACAAUGGAAAAACUUACGCAAGUGCCGUUGAAGAUAUACAAGCAAGUAUCUGUACUCUUCGUUACUAUGCAGGCUGGUGUGAUAAGAUACAUGGGGAUACCAUCCCGACAGGUCAUACCAGUGUGACACUGACGCGAAAGGAGCCAGUUGGCGUUGUAGGGCAAAUCAUCCCCUGGAAUUAUCCCUUCAUGAUGUUAGUUUGGAAGUGGGGUCCUGCACUGGCUACUGGAUGUACUCUGAUCUUGAAGCCGGCGGAGCAGACACCUUUGAGUGCGCUUUACGCAGCUGCUCUCGCUAAAGAGGCCGGAUUCCCAGCUGGUGUUAUAAAUGUUAUCCCAGGCUACGGGCCAACUGCUGGCGCAGCUAUUGCUGAGCACCCGGAAAUUCAAAAAGUUGCCUUCACCGGAUCCACUGAGGUCGGACGUAUCAUAAUGGCAGCUUGCGCUAAAAGCAAUCUUAAGCGUGUCAGUCUUGAACUAGGUGGCAAGAGCCCGCUCGUUAUUUUCGAUGAUGUCGAUGUGAAGGAAGCUGCGGAGAUCGCGCACAACGCAAUAUUUGCGAAUCAUGGGCAAAAUUGUUGCGCGGGAUCGCGCACAUUUGUGCACUCGAAAAUAUACGACGAAUUCGUAAAGCGUGCUAAACAAUUGGCGCUCAAUAGGAAAGUGGGAGAUCCGUUCGACAAAAAAACUGACCAAGGGCCACAGAUUGACGACGAGAUGUUGAACAAAAUUAUCGACUUAAUCAAUUCUGGUAAACAGCAGGGCGCUGUCGUGCAGGCUGGUGGUAAUCGCGAGGGCAGCGUUGGCUAUUUCGUGCAGCCUACUGUUUUCUCAAAUGUAACCGACGACAUGAGAAUUGCUAAGGAAGAAAUUUUUGGCCCGGUGCAGUCGAUCUUGAAAUUCGACACGAUGGACGAAGUAAUUGAACGUGCUAAUCGUACAAAUUAUGGUCUUGCCUCCGGCGUCAUUACCAGAGACAUUAAUAAGGCUUUGGAAUUUGCUCAAGCGGUGGAAGCUGGCAGUGUUUGGGUGAAUUGUUACGAUGCUAUUACACCUCAAACACCAUUCGGCGGAUACAAAGAGUCUGGUAUAGGACGUGAAUUGGGAGAAGAAGGCCUAAAGGGAUAUCUCGAGAUUAAGACAGUUUCUAUCAACAUCGCCAAAAAGAACUAAUUGAAUACGGAUGUUUGCAAGUUUCAAAAUAAUAUAUCUUAAUUUGAAUAUUUUGGAUACAAUUGUCCCGAAUAAAAUUCAUGUAACCGAAUGUUAAUAAAAUUAUAUAUAUGUAACGAGA